CCUAGCUUCAACCCCCCGACGUGAGAUCAGGCUGCGAGCAGCAGCCAUGGCGGAGCUUGGUGGCAUGCUUGCCGCUGCCAUCCUCAAGGUGGUGGGUGAGCAGAUUGGUUCUGUGAUUGGUGGUCAGAUCGCCCUGAAGAUGAACUUCGAUGAGGACCUGAACAAGAUGAAGAUGGAGCUGGAGGGUGUCGAUGCCCUGCUCGAGGACGCCGAGAGGCGGUCGAUCACGGAUAGAUCGACACGUCUAUGGCUGAAGCGGCUCAAGGACUUCAUGUAUGAGAUCUCCGAUAUGAUUGAUGAAUUCGAAGCCGACACGCAAGCAAUCAUACAGCCGUCUGCGCGAAAGUCCUCCUUCAAAAAUUAUUUGGCAACUAUGAUCUCUUGUCUCACAAUUGGCCCUGAGAUUACAAUGGCCAAUAAGAUGGAUAAGAUGAGGCAGGGUCUAGAAGUAAUAACAGAUCAGCACAGGAAAUUCGAAUUAAUGGAAGGUACUAAUGCCAGUGAGCCAAAGGUUACGGAUAUACGGGAAACAUCGUCAACCUUGGAGACACAUGUAAUUGGGAGAACCGGGGAGAAAGAGAAAAUAUUGGCAUCGUUAUCCAAGAGCAUGAAAAAAGAGAUCACAAUCCUUCCCAUUUAUGGCAUUGGAGGCCUUGGAAAAACAACCUUGGCAAAAAUGGUUUACAAUAGUUCCCAAUUUAGAGAAUACUCCCAAGUGUGGGUUUAUGUGUCCCAGACAUUUGAUUUGAAGAAAAUUGGCAAUUCUAUAAUAUCACAACUAUCACAGAAAGAGAAUGAGAGUGGGUACACUGGAAAGCAGAUGAUCCAUAAUUCCCUUCAAAAGCUCAUUGCCAAUAAGAAUAUACUGAUUGUUUUAGAUGACCUAUGGGAAGAUAACAAUUCUCAUUUGGAAGAGUUGAUGGGUUUGUUAAAGGUUGAAGAGAGUGGCAAGGUGGUUGUUAUAGUUACCACACGCUAUGAGGGCAUUGCAAAGAAAAUUUGUACAAUUCAACCUCACAAAUUAGUACCACUAACAGAUGACCAGUGUUGGAAUAUCAUAAAGCAAAAGAGUGACUUUGAAUUGAGAGACGACAAAGAAGAGUUGCAUCACAUAGGCCAGGACAUCGCAAGUAAGUGCCGAGGCGUGGCUUUAGCAGCGCAAUCGCUUGGACACAUGUUGCAUUCUCUCUCCUUUGAUGAAUGGGAGUCGGUGAGAAACAGUGAUUUCUGGAAUUUAUCUGAUUCAGAAGAUACAAGCUUGACACAGACUACAGGAAUGGAUUAUGAAAAUGAUAGAUUGUUCACCAUGCACGAUUUGGUGCAUGAUCUAGCAAGAUUGGUCAUGGUCGAUGAAGUACAUGUUGCUAGCAAACAAGGCAACACAGGGGGAGGUUGCUGCCACUUUGCAUUGCUAAAUGAUUGUUCCAAGCCAUUGGAGUCAUCCAAGAUAAGGGCACUUCGUUUUAUGGAGUGUGACAAAAGUGAACUUCAUGACGCUGCCUUUUCAUCUGCUAAGUCCAUGCGUGUCUUGGACUUAAGCGAGUGCUCCAUGCAUAAAUUUCCAGAUUCUAUUCACGUGUUGAAGCAGUUGAGAUAUCUUAGUGCUCCAAGAAUCCAUGAUGCAGAGAUUCCCGAUAGUAUCACCAAGCUUUCAAAAUUAAUUUAUCUGAACCUUCAUGGAUCUCCUAAAAUCUUAGCACUACCAGAGUCAAUUGGAGAAAUUGAGGGUCUAAUGUAUCUUGAUUUGGCGGGUUGUUCAAGAAUUGAAGAACUGCCUGAAUCUUUUAGCAGGCUAAAAGAAUUGGUGCAUCUAGAUCUAUCAAAUUGCUAUGGUGUUCGAGGUAUAUCGGUGUUCCUGGGGAGCCUCACACAACUGCAGUAUUUGAACUUAUCAUACUGCCCAAAUAUCGGAGAGAUACCUGAAGAUCUAAGUGGUCUAUCCAAAUUGCAGUAUUUGAACUUAUCAUUCAGCUCAUAUGUUCAAUGUUGCGAAGAAGUAGAAUUUUUGGGGGCCUUUACCAAACUCGAGUACUUAAACUUAUCUUCAGACCAUUCUGUACUUCAAAAGCUCCCUGAAGCUUUGGGCAGAUUCAUUCAACUCAAGUACUUAAACUUAUCUGGUUGUCGAGAUAUGACAACAUUGCCAAUGUUUCCUGGGAGUCUAAAAAAUUUGGCGCAUCUUGAUUUAUCACAUUGUUAUAGUAUUUAUCGUCUUCAAGAGGCUUUGGUGGGUCUUACCAAUCUGAGAUAUUUGAACUUAAAAGAUACAUGUUUGAAACCACAACUAGAAUAUGAUGAUACCAAAUAUCAUAGGAAGAGAUCAUGUUUACUUGGUUCACCAUUGGAAAAAAAUCAUUAUGGGAAUUACUUUCAAAGUCUGAUCAACCAUUUAGGCAAUAAUCUUUCUGAUCUAGAGCAUUUGGACUUGUCUUAUAAUCAUUCUCUUGAAAGCAUACCUGAAAGUAUUUGUCGCAUGAGAAAGCUGCAUACAUUGGAUCUUUCGGAAUGCAUACUUCUUGCAAAGAUACCAGAAAGUAUACACACACUUGGUAGUUUGAAGUUUCUUUAUUUGAAGGGAUGUGACCUUCUUUCCAGAAUACCUCAUCUUGGUGGUAGUACAGUAUCAUUACCAUACUUUGUGGUGCGUGCUGGUGAUGAUGAUGAAUCUAGCAGCAACCUUGUCCUGCUACAAUCCACAGAUCCUGUUGAGCUGCAGAUAUCUGAACUUGAAAAUGUGAAGUCCCCAGGAGAGGCAGAUCGUAUCAAAUUAGUGGAAAAGCAUAGCCUCAAGGACUUGAAAUUGGAGUGGACUAGAGGUGUUGAGAGAUUUGUCUAUGACAAAAUGUUGCUGAAAAAUCUAGUGCCACCAAGCACAUUGAAGAAAUUGGAGAUAUGUGGUUACAAUGGUGUCAGCUUUCCUGCGUGGCUGGUGGGCCAACUACCAAACCUAGUCUCGUUGGUUCUCAGAGAUAUGGCAAACGUGGAAGAGUGGAACACAUCAUACUCAAGUGAUGAGGAGCAUGUGAUUCAAAUAUUGGAAAUACAUGGUUGCCCCAUGUUAAGGAUGAAAAGGUCUCUGCUUAAAGCUAAAUCAUGGGUGAUAUCACACAGUGAUAAUGUGUUAUCAUCACUGGAUGAGUGCACUGUGUCACACGCCAGUGUUUCCUCCUCCACUUCUCCAAUAACUAUUGUGUUGUCAGUUAAAUACUGUAAGGGGCCUCAUCGGUGGAGGUUGCUUCAACACUUCACCGGACUAUCUUCUUUGUCAAUUCACAAUUGUGGUGAUCUAACCGGCUCACCAGAGAUCACCCAUCAUCUAUCGUCUUUGGAAGCACUAUGCCUAGAAGACGAACACAUGGAAGAACUACCAAAAUGGUUGGGUGAGCUCGCAUCUCUACAAAGUCUGGAAAUAAGGUGGAGCAAUGGUGUAACAGAGUUGAAUGAGACCAUGAGGCAACUCACAAUGCUGCAGUCACUAAACUUGUCCUAUUGCCACAAUUUAUCACUGCCACAUUGGUUAGGCGAACUAACCUCUCUCAAGGAACUUGUUGUGUGUUCCAAUGAUGUCUUGAGGUCUUUACCUGAAAGCAUACAACAACUAACCGACCUUCAGAAAAUAAAAAUUAGCAACUGCCCUAAAUUAGAGCAUGUGGUUAAUGAAUCAUUGGAGGGAAUGAUGAAGCGCACUCACAACCAAGAAACGGUAUGCGUCCUGCCCGCCUCUCUCAAGGAACUUACUAUCCAUAUAUGUCAUGGUAUCAAGUCAUUGCCUGAGGGCAUACAUCAACUCACCAACCUCAAAAACCUAGAGAUUGAUGAGUGCUAUUACCUUUAUCAGUGGUGUAAAUUAGAGGAGAGCAAGAAGCUUGCUCACAUACAAAACAAGUCUUUUGUCUGGUAGGCAGUGUAUCUACUGCACACGCGCAGGUUUGCAAAAUCAAGGGCUUGAAUCAACCUGAAAGAUUUUUGUUCGGUCUGACAUUAAAUUGAUGGAGUUGAAAGAGGACCAUCAGGAGCAAAGAUUAUUAUGAGCUAUGGUAAUGGGUAUCUGGUUUGCAAGAUUCAACUAUAUUAUUCGGUUUGGGCGUUCUACGUAAAUCUACCAAGCAUGGAAGUAGUGCUCAAAAUUUCCCAGAGAGCCUGGAGGCUGCAACAUCUAUACUGUUCUACAGAACUACUACAUGGUUCCAGACUUUCAGAGUACACCCUGUUGAACUUGGCCCCCAUCUUCUGUACUGCCAACGCCGACAUCUCCUAUUUGUGCUUAGUUGCAACCAUGUUAUUGUUUUCUUCUAGGACGCUGCCCAAGUGCAGGGUUUUGUUGUAACUUCGGUGUGUCUGCUUAUCUCUGCUUAGAUACAAAAGGUGGGCAACCCCAUAGCAUUUUAUAGAACAAAAAGAGUGAUAACUUCGGUGAGAAGUUAGUUAGUGCAUGGCUCAGUUAGUUUCAUGCAUCCUCGUUGACCAAAGGAAUUCUACUUGUAAUAUUUGCUGCGAGUU